AUGGCUAAGUUGAAGGCAAGCUUGACGAGUGAUCAGCUAAUGGCAUACUUUGACACAAAUGCCAGCACAGAGCUCGUAGUUGAUGCAAGCCCAGUUGGUCUCGCUGCUAUUCUCUACCAAAUCACAGGAGACAAACGCAGAAUAAUCUCCUACGCCAGUCGAGUUCUUACUCCACAUCAACCAGGAAAAGACAACCCAGCUGACUACAUGUCGCAGCAUCCAGCAAACAUGUCAACACUAGCAGCGGAAGCUACAUCAGUCACAGAAAGUUAUGUUAGUUUCAUAACUUCUCAUGCAGUUCCGAAGGCUAUGACACUGACUGAAAUCAAACAACAAACUGUGCUUGACAAUGAUUUACAGCAAGUCAUCGGUGCAGUUGUGAACAAUAACUGGCAUGCCAUUGCUAAUACAACAGCUUACAGAUCAUAUUGGCAUAUUAGGGAAGAACUAACUGCCAUUUCAGAUGGUGACAUCCUCCUUCGAGGAAACAGACUGAUAAUACCUAAAAAUCUUCAACAGCGUGCCAUUGACAUUGCUCAUCAAGGGCACCAAGGCAUAGUGAAGACGAAACAACUACUCAGAGAAAAAGUUUGGUUUCCAGGCAUUGACAAUCUUGUAGAGGAAAAACUUUCCAAAUGCUUACCAUGCCAAGCUGCCAUACCAUCUGACAAACAAGAACCAUACCAAAUGUCAGAACUACCUGACUGCCCUUGGCAAAACAUCAGUGUAGACUUCUGUGGACCGUUCCCAUCUGAGGAAUACUUGCUUGUUCUCAUUGAUGAAUAUUACCGAUAUCCAUUAGUUUAUGUUGUGACAUCCACAUCUGCCAAAGCUACAAUUUCUAAGUUAGAACAUGCCAUGUCACUGUUUGGCAUUCCUGAUGUUAUCAAGACGGAUACUGGACCACCGUUUAAUAGUCGAGACAUUUGCUGA